AUGGGCUGCCUGCUAGGUGCAGAUGGCGGGGUGACUACGGACCAACGAGCUCUUCCUGGGCAACACCAAGUGGAAGAACACGCAAUAUGGGACCUCAUGAAGUAUGCGAGAAAGAAUUAUGACUUAGAAGUUACGGAUGCAGAUGCGAAAAAGGUUCUGUCGUUUUGCGACGAUGUCUAUACGGAUCGUUUUUGGGCAGACGCCCAGGAGGCAUGGGCAGACAAGUUCUGCGUGGACGACUUAAUCGCUUCGCGCCCCUGGCCCUGGUUUGAUGACCGCGUUGUCGAGGCGGCGCAGCGCGCAGGCACGAAAUUGUUCAUGAGCGCCGAACUCUUAUGGACAGAUAAAAUGCCAACAUCACUGAAGACAAACGGGGGCGAACGAUAUUCCAUGUUGGAAUAUACCAUCAAGGACGGGGCCGUUCUCCAUGACAUGGAGGCUUUCUUAUUGGUCCUUGUCUACCUUUGCAUCACAUGCAACGGCUCGGGCGACUGCCGCGGACAAUUUUACGAGGACGAGUGGCUGUCGUACCUUGCCCACUCGCUGUUCGAUUAUGACUUAUCUGAUGAUGCCGAACGUCUGCUUCGUCUACGUGGUUUUAAUCAGCUUCAUCACCAACGGCGCUCAUUAUUCCGAUACGACACGAUGACGAGCGACAUCCUUCCCGUAUUUCUUCCCCAGAUGAUCUGCUUGCAAGAACUUGCGCUCAGAUGGUGGCGAGUGCUCAAUUUUUCGUAUAAGAGAUUCAAUCGCUUCACGCCGGGAGUCAUACACGAUCAACUUAUAAAGAUAUUGGACGAAGAAUCGGCACGCGUCAAGAUCAUGCUCUCGGAAACAAAGGAAUCCAGGAGAAUCACACCCUCUCCUACGCCUAGCAUUGCAGCCAUGUAG